AUGCGGGGCCAGAGGGUGAGGCUGAUAUCGGACUUGGACGUCGUCUUCUGCUCCGCCUACCACAAGCACCUGGAACCCGUGACCUUGACGCUCGUACUGGAUGGACACGUGGACGCCGGGGAUCUCCUGCAGCGUCUCGAGGUGCUUGCAAGUGUGGAGAAACUUCGCAUGAAGGUCGAUCGGGUGCUUGGCUACGCCGUCUGGAGAGAGGAAGAUCCGUUCUGCUUUCGAGAUCACUUGGAAUUCCUCGACGAUGCAGUGGUGUCGUCUGAGGGGGAUUUAGACCGAAUCCUCCAGUCCAGCACGAGAGAAAAGUUCCCCGAAGAAAGAUCUCCCUGGAGAAUUUUGGUCAUCCCCUUUCAAGGAAAUGCAAGAACGGCUCUGAUCUUCCAGGUCCAUCACGUCAUCUCCGACGCCUACGGCAUGGUCAGGGCGAUGCUCGAGCCGAUCCUAGACCAGGCCGUUCCUCCGGAGAGUCGCCGCGAAAACGCAACGAUGAAUGGCUGGACUCGCUGGACGUCGUUCCUGGCAGGCAUUCUCAUGUUCGACACGAUCGAGAAUUUCACCUCCCCUCUCCCGAAAAACGUCCGAGCGAACCUGAAGGUGAUGGCAGAGCGGACGAUGGAGGGGGUCGUCUCGCAUUCACCAGGCUUUCCGCUGAAGAUGCUGAAAGACGUCAGGUCGCAGAUGGCUUGCACCGUCAACGACGUCUUCACGGCGGCCGUGUACCACGGCCUCCAGGCCCGGUUUCGAAAGGGCAUCAUGGCGGUCACCCUGCGUCGAAAGAGCGACGGCGACCUCGGAAACCAGUCGAGCCAGGCCUGGAUGACCUUCGACGGGAUUCCGUCCGACCCACAGAAAUCUCUCGUUCGCUUCCAGGCGAUGAACCGAGUCGCGAAGGAGGGCCUGGGCGUGCAUUCGCUGGCGAUCGGGACUCGGAUCUUCAAUGGGCUCUUGCCGGUUCGGCUCUGCAAGUAUCUCAUGUACACGACGGUGGAACCGGAUUACAUGACCUCAAAUGUGGACCUCACUUACCUGGGGAGGGGGUUGAGCAUACGGGAUCAUAAGAUCCUAUCUGCGUACUUCGUCUCGCCUGCUUUGCAAAUGCUAGGGCGAGGCGUGAUGCUGACGACGUUCGAGGACGAGGCGAGGAUCAGCGUCCGCGCGAACCGGGACCUGGUGCGAGGGGGCAGAGUGGAGGUGGAGGACGCCUUGAAGAGGAUGCUGCAAUGGAUGCAGGAUGCGAGGGAUCUUCAGGGCGAAAUCAAAUGUCAGGGCUGAUUUCCCGAGUGUUUCUGGGUGACCCGCUUUCGGAGGGCGACGGGCCAUUUUCAUUCCUUACCCAUGACUUGCAUCUCAUUCUUUUAUUGCCAUUUCCAUUUACAUCUGAAACUCCCA